AUGGCUUCUACCUCCAAAUUCCAAUUCUCAGUUCUCAUAUCUCUUCUUUUAGUUUUAUUUUUUUGGAGUGUUGAAGGUAAACUUCCCCAAUCAUGCAAGAAAUAUGAGUGUCCCACUUACAAUGUCGUAGAAGCUGGAAAUGGUUAUGAAAUUCGAAAAUAUGAUUCACCUGUCUGGAUUUCUACCCCUCCAAUUCAGAACAAAUCUUUCGUUGGAGCUACAAGAAAUGGUUUUAUCAGGCUAUUUAAUUAUGCCCGUGGUAAGAACAAGGAGAACAAGCAGAUUAAGUUGACAGCACCAGUUACGAGUGAAGUCUCUUUUAAUGGAGGAAAGCCCUCCAUUGUUGUGAGCUUCUUUGUGGCAUUAGAGAACCAAAAGAACCCAGCUCUGGCAGAUGGUCUCAGUGUUAAAAGAUGGAAAAGUAAAUUUGUAGCAGUGAAACAAUUUGGUGGGUUUGUGACAGAUUCUAACGUUGGGAGGAUAGUUGCUUCCCUGAAUGCUAGUCUUGGUGGAACCAAACCGUCGUUUACUUCUAGCAAAAGUUUCAUUAUAGCACAAUAUGAUCCUCCUUUUAAAUUGUUUGAUAGAGUUAAUGAGGUAUGGUUCUUGUCUGAGUGA